AAAUCAAUUUGCCUGACGCUACCACUUUUUUCUUUACUAAUUAUAAUCUAUAAUUUCUAAAUGAAAACAAGAACUGCACUCGCCUGACAGGACCCUUACAGAAACCCAGGUGGGUUUUAGAUUUUACAACUGUCCUGGAGGAGAACUGUAGAUACAUCACAAUGAUACAAGACAAACAGAUACCAUGAUAUUUGAGUUGCAGUGCAGUUCUAGACAAUUCAAGGUAACAAUACCAUUGGCGAGCUUUGGCAAAUAACAAUUACUGUGCACAAAACGGUUUGAAGUCAAAACCUUUACGGCCACAGACACACGUAACGUUAAAACACAAGCACCAUAUACCGGCUCGCCUCAUCGUGGAGCGGGACGUCGGUGUGAGGGGCGCGGGGAGCGGAGCGGUGUCGGUUAACAUACCCGGGCUGUUGGAGGAUAGCAUGGCAGCGGGAAAGGGAGCUGGGAAGCCUGCCUCGAUGUGGGACAACAUGCGGAUACGGUUCAUCGUUUGCUUCCUCGGAGUCUUCGUGUGUUACUUUUACUAUGGAAUAUUACAAGAGACUAUCACGCGAGGUGAAUAUGGACAGGGAGACCAACAGGAGAAGUUCAGAUUUGCCCGGACAUUGGUCCUUAUCCAGUGCAUUGUCAGUGCUCUGUUUGCUAAGAUCUUGAUCCAGUUUUUUGAUGGCUCCAAGCCGGAUCACACAAAGAGCUGGCUCUAUGGGCUGUGUUCCCUCUCUUAUCUUGGAGCUAUGGUGUCCAGUAACUCUGCCCUUCAGUAUGUCAACUACCCAACACAGGUGUUGGGGAAAUCCUGCAAGCCUAUACCAGUGAUGAUCCUCGGUGUGACAAUACUAAGGAUGAAGUACCCGCUGGCUAAGUAUCUGUGUGUGCUGCUUAUUGUGAGCGGUGUAGCGCUGUUCCUCUACAAACCCAACAAGAACUCAGCUGUUGAAGAAGACCAUGUUUUUGGGUUUGGAGAGAUUCUGUUGCUGAUCUCUCUGACAUUGGACGGUUUGACUGGUGUGGCCCAGGACCACAUGAGGGCUCGCUUCAAGACCAGUGCCAACCACAUGAUGCUGAACAUCAACCUGUGGUCGACUCUGGUGCUGGGACUAGCGGUAUUGUGGACAGGGGAGGUAUGGGAGUUCCUAAGAUUUACUGAACGCCACCCGAGCAUCAUCUACAACAUUCUUCUGUUUGGAGUCACCAGUGCUUUAGGACAGACCUUCAUAUUCAUGACGGUGGUGUAUUUUGGCCCUUUGACCUGCUCCAUUGUCACCACCACGAGGAAGUUCUUCACCAUCCUGGGCUCCGUCAUUCUGUUUGGCAACGUCAUGAGUACGAUGCAGUGGCUCGGCACCGUCCUGGUAUUCCUUGGUCUCGGAUUUGAUGCUAAAUUUGGCAAAGUACCCAAGAAGACGACGCACUAAAACAUCUGGAGCACAUGAGAGAGUGGCGAAAGAAAACACUAUAGCCAGUAUCUUAUUUUCAUAAGAUGUCCUGCACAGGCAUACUGUACGUGCCUAUGAUUUGUUUAAGUAUGGUCAGAUUUUUAACUUAACUGUAUUUAAAAGAGAGUCCAGCUUCUGUUGUUUACUGCUGAUAUAUCGAAGAGACAAAUUUAACUUGGGAUCAAGUCCUGAAUGAACUUUGACAACAAGAUAACACACUUUUGUGGAGCAAUUUGGACUGGCUGAAAGACACAGGUGGAAAAUACUGUAUUUCGACAAAUCUUAUGUUUCUGAAACCAGCUCACCUCCCUUGGAUGGAAAUUAAAACCAAACAAGGCCUAAGGCAUAUGUUUUUCAUCAUUUAAUUCAUGAACAAUAAGGCUUGGUUUACAAAUUGUUGCUUGAAUAUGCGUAAUUAUCACAAAUUCAGUUUAUUUCUUGGCAAAUAGCCAAGCAUCAUGCCAUUCAUGAAAUAUAAACUGUUGUAUGUAGCCUGUGGUUUUGUCCAAUCUUACCAUUGACUUGUUUUUACUUUUAUUUUCUACAAGUUAAAAAUGACUUGCCAUAAAAAGGGAAAUUGUGAUAUUUCAUGGUGAUCUUUUUUUAAUAUAUAUUAAACAGAGUGUACUUGA